AUGGACCCAUGGGCCCAUUUGUUGCUGGCAUGUACUGUACUGUACUGCGACUUUUACGGACAUGAGGCGCUGAAGGGUCUGUUUCUGGGGAAGAAGUCUCCAACGAAGCUUGAGAGAUUCGGCAAUACACGAUAUAAUACACGCAAGACACGAGACAGAAGACCGCAAGAUCCCAAGAUUCGAGAUAGAGAAGAUCGAGAUAUCGAGGUCCGAGAUCCAACCCGAGCGGGCAUAAUCUCGACGGCCACGCAAGGGCACGGACCAGACAGAUGUAAUGAAAUAAAUUUACACAUAUCCAUUCAUACACAUAUUCAUAACAUAGCGUCCAUCUUCGCUUGA